ACUCCACGACGGAUGAUUUCGGUUGCAGGAGUUACUUUUAGAACAGAUCUCUAUAGGGGGAUGCGUUUAGCUAAUCUAUCUAUAGGGGGAUGCGUUUAGCUAAGAGAAAAAACAUGUUUUUUUCUUUUAUGUCAUUAUGUCCAUGUCGUUAUGUCGGGCUAAACAUAGUGCGCGCGCGCGCUCAUGUCGUUAUGUUGUUGUGUUGCUAGUGUGCACUAGGCAUAAUUGAUCUAUUUUUGGUCAUGUUUGUGCGGUAUCUGAGGUCGUAAUACCACUUGGCCAAAUUUUACAGAGUGCGGAGCAAUAGAAACGCUUUGCAUGGAAUCAACUAAGCUUUUAAUGGGUACGUUUUUGCUGACAAACUCUGUCCUCUGCCCUUGGAGGAAAGUCAGAAAGUUUGGUGCACUGGGUCUAGGGGAACAGGUGCAUUUAACGGAAUAAUGAGAGAAAAUAUAAUGAAUGACGUGCGGGAACUUAUUACUACCAAAACAUUAUUCCUGUAACCUCAGGUAAAAAAAAAUUUGAUGAAAAACAACCAUUGCGAAAUAUGUUAUUAUCAGACGUAAAUUAGCAUAUUUCCCCUCACGAACCGGAGAAUAUUCUACCUUCUCAUUCUAUUGCUAAUUAUGCUUGCUGCAAUAAAAGAUUAAAUGUUCCCUCCCAUUAGCAUUUUUACCAACCGCGACUACAUAUAAUAUCUAAAUUGAAUAUAUCCUCACCUGCUUCGAUGAUGUUAUGCUCAUAACUUCUCCGUUUCCUUGGGUGCGCUACACAAAAGUGUUAAAGAUGAUCUGAGCUAGACUAACGGUCUGCUUAUGCCCAAUUUUACAAAGAGUGCAGUCCAGUUUGGUUUUUCAUUGUUUUGACUUAACAGAUGCAUCAGCAUGGCCAAAACCUUUCUUAUCCGAAUCACGGUCCUUUUUGUGUACAGCACACUGAGCGCAUGGCUUUUUUACGAGCUGGAAAAACAACCCGUCUCAAACGCUCAAACAGCCGACAAUAUGGUCAACAGCAUUAAGCUUGAGCUCAAGACAAAGUACAACAUGAGUGAGAACGCAACCAACAGACUUGUGGAAAGUGUGGUCGAGGAAGAGAAAGUAAGAAGUAGACCUGACUGGACUUUUGCACGCUCGGUUUUCUUCGUCUUUGUUUCACUUUCGACCAUAGGCUAUGGGGAUACUACUCCUAAACGAGCAUUAACUCAGCUUGUCUUUCUGCUGUUCUGCAUGCUCGGACUUCCCAUCAUGAUGCUGACCCUGAAAAGCGCGGGAGAAAUCAUCGCAGCUGGUCUAAAGUAUGUUAUCAUCUUCACCGAGAAGCACGUGUUCAAAAAGAACGACAUAAACGCUAGAAAACUCAAAUUAAAAACGCUCAUCCUUUCGAUGGUAAUAUCACCCUUCGCAAUCGGCAUCAUGGCGAUUGUACAAUCUUAUAUCGACGAGUGGACUUUAAUUGAAAGUGUAUACGCAUGGAUGGUGACCUUAACUACCAUUGGUUUCGGCGACUACGUUCCGUGUCUUAGAUUGGGAAAGGCUAUGGAAGCCCGAUACAGUGAAUACGGCUCCAUAACAACAUCUAUUCUCAUGGCUGUGGCUUUAUUCCCUACCCUGUUUCUGCUCUCGUUAGUGGCAUGCUCUUUGAGUUGUGUUAUAGAUGCAUUUGAGGUUUUAAAACCCUCGGUCAAUCUCGUGGAUUCGUGUAAAUCUUGUUGUGGAAAGAUAAAAUCAAAAGUAACAGGGAAUCCAGAUCAAACCGAUCAUACAAUUUCCGAUAACACAGUUAACUCUUAGUGAUCCAAAUCGUUUAUAUUAACAUACAUAAAAUAGAAAAGGUUUCUAGAUGGAUCUAGUGACCUUUUACCAGAGCUAAGGAUGUCGAUUUGAACUUAUUUGAUACAGGGUCAGGGCAUUACUACUCUAAGCCCUACCAUGCGUUUUUCUCUAGACACACCACUGGGAAAGAUGGUUUGCAGAAAAGAGAAGAUGCUGGUAGCGCUUAGCGCUGGGAAAAUACGAAUUAAGUAAUGAUAUAGCCAAAUUCGUUGUUGCGCGGCCUCCCAGAAUCGAACAUUCCUUUUUUCGUCUGGGAAUAGCGCGUAGUCAACCAAACCAAACAAUUAAAACCACACAAACCGCCCCCAAAGCUUGUGUCUGACUACGCGCUAUUCCCAAUUUGGCUGUAAUUGAUUAAAAUCGCUAAAACAGAUGGUGUUUGUACGUCUCAAAGUCUUCAGUGUCUAGGGACAUCCCACUACUAGAAACUGAGGGAAAGCAAAGCAACUACAUAGGUUUUAGCGAUUUUAUUUAAUUAUUAUUUACACAACUAGAAUUGUUGUGAUGCCGAGUAAGUUAGAAAAGAACUGAUCAAGUGCAGUACUACCACAGCU